UUCACUUUUCUUCUUCUCUCUGCUCCCCCUCUCCUUCCAGGAAUCUCGACCAUGAAUCGAAACGAAGCGCGUCGCUUCCUCCUUCUGAUACUUCUCUGCACUCUGCUCACCGAUUAUCGAGUCAAUUCCGACAGCGACGCUCGUUUAUCCAGGAGAAGGAGAUACGUCGUUUUUCCCGAAGGUUCAACUUUCUCCAUCGCUCUUUGCGUGACGGUGCACACUGUGACACCCGACAACAUCUUCACGGAGGGCAUCAAUUGGGGCAUCUCUUACGACUUGCCCAACGAAAGCAAACCGGCCCUCGAACCAUUUUUACAAUUGAGACACGACCGAGUGAAACCGGUGAAGAAAUACGGGAGCCAAUAUCCGAGCGACAAGAACGUGGUCAAGUAUUCGGGAUGGAACAGUGACAAAUAUUACGUGAAACCCGGGAAGAGGAAGUAUCUCAAGCCUGACUACUACUAUCUGCAGCGUAGACAUCGGCGGGAGCUUUACAGCAAAUUGGAGACCAUUAUGAACGCCAUGAAUUUCGACGGUAGAACGUGUAUUCUUCGCGCGCUCUGCGAGGCCUCGCAACGAUUGCUUCCGAAAGGGAACACCCUGGUCGAGGAAAUGAUGAGGAUAUCGUUCUCCUUCCCGUUGAAACGGUUGUUCGAGCACGAGCCGGAGGAGCAUCACGCGUACAGCAGGGCACGGAAAGCGGGGCACGAGGGGCACGACUGCGCCGCCAUGUUCGCCGGAUGCAGCCUCUCCCUGAUCGACAUGGCCCUCGGGAAAUACGACGCGGCUGAGAGCCCUCCACUUGCUACGCCCGAAUACACGGACGAAUCUUACUCUUACGGGGGCUGGGCCAGGUACAACAUGAAGUAA